UUUUUUCCCUCCUUUUUUCUUGCUGUAACUCCGUGAUCCCCGGACCCGCAUCGUGAGAACGCGUCUCGCCUUUCUGUGUAACCGAUCAGCCAGCCUCCCAAAGAAAACAGCAAAUAAAAAAUGUUUUGAUCUCUUGGUGAACUCGGCGCAUGCGGCUUCUCCCAGGUGAGAGAUGACCCGGGUGAAUAGCAAAAUGAAGCCCUCUGGCCUGCGAGGGGAAGUUGCCUGAGGAGAAAAGGGCCGAUUGGGCCGGCUUUUGGCUGCGGUGCCGGCCGGCAACCCUUACCAUGGCUCAUUCCAGCAUCUGGAACAGCCUCAAGUCUGUGCUGAGGAAGAACAAUGACCCCUUGUUCCUGAACGACUGCAGUGCCUUUGACUUCUCCGACGAAGUUGGCGAGGAGGACUUCCCCAGGUUCAACAAGCUGCGGGUGGUGGUUUCGGAGGAUGCGGCGGACGCUUCGGCCAACGGGGCCCACCUGGGCCCCCACUCCGACGACGAGUCCUUGCUGGACAGAGACAUUGCCCUGCGGAACGCGCAGACCGGACCCGGCACAGAACCUUGUAACAAUUGCAACAAGCAAAGGGAACUCUCAAAGCAGAGGAAGGUGAAGAGGCGGCUGGUUCUAGCAGCCGUCCUCUAUCUCCUCUUUAUGACAGGGGAGCUGAUAGGUGGAUACGUUGCCAACAGCCUAGCAAUCAUGACGGAUGCGCUUCAUAUGUUAACUGACCUCAGUGGCAUUAUUUUGACCCUGCUUGCUUUGUGGCUAUCUGCAAAAUCACCGACCAAAAAAUUCACCUUCGGAUUUCACCGCUUAGAGGUGUUGUCUGCCAUGUUCAGCGUCUUGCUGAUUUAUAUCCUCAUGGUUUUCCUCUUGUACGAAGCUGUUCAAAGGACCAUCCACAUGGACUACGAAAUCAAUGGGGAUAUUAUGCUGAUUACAGCAGCCAUUGGGGUAGCGGUCAACCUUAUCAUGGGCUUUCUGCUGAACCAGUCUGGCCACCUGCACUCCCAUUCGCAUUCCCCUGCCCCUGUUCCUCCCUCCAGUUCCUCUUCUGCCUCAACUCCUGGGCACGGGCACAGUCACGGCAGCCUGGCAGUGAGGGCCGCCUUUGUGCAUGCCCUGGGAGACCUGGUGCAAAGCAUCGGCGUUCUUGUAGCUGCUUACAUCAUUCGUUUCAAGCCAGAAUACAAGAUUGCGGACCCUAUAUGCACAUAUGUAUUCUCAGUCCUGGUGGCUUUCACAACAUUUCGGAUCAUCCGGGACACCGGAAUAAUUGUACUUGAAGGAGUUCCAAGGCAUUUGAAUGUGGAUCGCAUUAAAGAGGAGCUAAUGAAAAUUGAAGAUGUGUUUUCAGUGGAAAGCCUGAAUAUUUGGUCGUUGACUGCUGGAAAAACCAUUGCCAUAGUCCACUUGCAAUUAGUUCCUGGCAGUUCAUCAAAGUGGGAGGAAAUCCAGUCGAAGGCCCGGCGGUUGUUGCUGAGCACAUUCGGAGUCUAUCAAUGUUCAAUCCAGCUUCAGAGUUACAGGCGAGAAGAGAACAAACCAUGCGCAAGCUGCCAGAAUUCCAGUGCCUAAUUUUUCCACGCUUUUUUCCUUUUUCUUUUUGGGAGGACUCGCUGCCUUAUUCUUCUUAACCUUUGCAGCCAAAAGACCACGAAGCAAUAAAUGCAAGAUUUGCAAACAGAACGGAAUCCCUUGGGGCUGGACUAGUAUUGGCAAUCCUCUUGCAACAAGAAGGGUUUGGAACGGGGUCAGAAUUAUCCUUUCCGUGAAAACGAGUUGUAACUUUCUCUCUCUGCCGUUCCUUUCGGCCAGGGUUUUCAUGCCAAUAUCUAUACAUAUCCAACAAAUUGUUUACAGAUCACGUUGCGGUUGGCGGAUACCUCGUAGAGCACACUCCCUCGUUGCCAUUUGUUAACUUCCAACAGUGCUUGCCUGCUUUCCUAAAGGGCGCCAAGAAUUAACUACUUGAGUUUAAAAAGAGUUGCCAAGGUUGAUCAUGUCUGUGAUCAAAAAGGUUAAUGAUCCCUGAACUGGUUACACCGUAUUUUAUCUCUCUCCAACAGCUAUGUUUUUUUUUUACUACCUUGCCUAAAACAAAAACGAUGCUGCAGGUAUAGCAGAACAUUUUUUUAUAAGUUGUCUCUCUUCAUUCAAACUUGAAUACAUAUUGAGAAGUAUAGCUUUUGCAGUAACCAGUCCUGGAAAUUUUAGCUUUAACCUACGAUCCAAACCAGAAAAGGUCUUUUCCUGGGACAAGCUAUCGGUUGUUUAUCUGAAGACUUUGGGGCUGGACCCACUACGUUUGUAAGGAAUAGUUCUCUCUCGUAUCUUUCGGCGUAGGACUUUUACCAUAGAAAAGCAUAUUUAAAUUUCUUUUCAAAUAUAUAUAUAAUUUACUUUGAGACGAUUCUUAUCGAUCUUCUUGGAUAUCUAACAUUUUAACCUGCUUCAAGAGGCUGUUUGGUUAAGCAUGAACCUUAAUUCUAGUGAAUAAAUAUGUCGUAGGGGACUUUUUGUGAUUGAUUUGCCUCUUGCAAGAGAGGGGGGGCAUUAUAGAAACCACAUUUAAAGCAGAGAUCCAAUCAGUAGAUGUACUGUAGAAUAGCCUGCACCAACUCUGUGCCCUGCAGAUGUUGUACAGCUGCCAUCAUCCCCAGCCAGCACAGAAUUGUGGUCCAUCUGGAGGGCACUGGGUUGGUGAAAGUUGUAGACAUUCAGGAAAUAAAGAGAACAAAGGCUUCAGAUACACUGCAGCCCCCGAAACUUACAAUUGUGAGCAUAUGGUUUCCAUUUCACCUUGACAUUUCCUCCUGAUAAAUAUCGAUUUUGCAUGGUAAUGUAUGCUAACGUGUGCCAGUGAAAUGUUAGUGAUUUGGUGAACUGUACUGCCUUUUAGUCAAACAGAAGGACACCCACUGUCCAUUUUUUUUUGGUUGUCGUUCUUCUCCUAGCAGUCUAAAAGUAAAAUGUUCCAAUUUUUUUUUUACCUGUGUUGAAUUGCAGGCCUUCAGAACUCUUUUCCAGGCACCAAAUUAUUGCUGGAUUCUUCCUAAAACUUUUGAGUAUAGAGAAGGUGAAAUCAGGAGAAAGAACUGCAAGACAAGAGAUGUUUCUUCUGGAGCAUAGCUAAUCCAAAGCCAGAUACCAUGAGAAUUAGUGGUGUAGAAAUUUAUAUUUUAAAAAUGCCAGGGAUUUGACCUCCGACUCUUUACAUCUAAACAGAACUAUCGGUGUGAAUAAGAUUGCGGUGUAACAAAUCCAUGGUAUAAUCUCUUGGAAAGGUUUGAUCUUCAACUCUGAAAUCCGGAGCAAUCAAUAUUUUAAAACUUAGCUUGCCACAUUUUAUUUUCCUCCAUAGUUUUUGUAUCGCCCGUAAAUAGGGCUAAAGAAGCCAAAAAAGAAAAUAAGCCCACUUAAUCCCAACAAACAACAGAAAUAAGUAUCAGCGUUAACAAUUGGCAGCAUGUUUUGACUAAUUGGAUAACUAUUUCGCUGUUUGGAGCAUAAUAGUUUGAAAUCUGUUCUUUUUCCUUCACAGAAGAGACACUUGUUAUUGUUUUUAAGGACCAAUAUCUUCUCAUGAAGGGUGACUUUUAAAAUUAACACUUCAUGAAAGCAAUAUGCAUAGUUAUUUAACUUUAAAUUAUUAUUCAAAUGCUUCAUGCAAAGGAAGGAUGACCAGAUUUUAUUGGACUCUAGUGCGCAUUGACAAUUGGCUAAAACUGAUGGAAUCUGGAGUUCAACAAGAUCUGGAGAGCAAGCGAUUCCUUGAAGAGCAAACUCUCUCCAAGUAUCUUAGGAGAUGGUACACUGAUGGAUAAAAAUAUGCCCAUUUGCUGGAUUUUAUGUUGCUUGGGCCUAGCCAACUUUCCCCCCUUCUGCUCAACCCCAAGACGAAAUUUCAGUAUUAGAAUGAGCAAGCUGCACUAAAUGAUAUCGAAAUGAAGAACUGGCAUAUUUGGGACCCUGUUGUUUUGAUACACGACAAUAGAAAUGCAAAGCCAUAUCUCAGUUUGUGAAACUUUUUGUGUAUCCCUUCUUUAUGACCUUUUCGGAAGUCAGGUAUUUUUGCACACAAAUGGAUAUUCAUAAUGGGUAUUUCAUUAAACUGGGGUUUACAGUACACCUAAUUAGAAACGGGGGGGGGGGGGUUGGUAGAUCUGUACUGUACUUGGAGGUUUUUUUAAUUGUAAUUAUAUACUAUAUAUUUGUUUAAUGAAACAAAUGUGUUGCUUUACUGUGGAUUUAUUAAAUUGAUUAUUAUACUGCCCA